CAUAACCGGUUUCAACUCGGACUCGGUACUCAAAUUUCAAUCCUAGUUUGUUUUUUGCGGUUUGUCGACUGUCGACCUUAUUAUUGCAUAUCCAAGAAAAAGAAAACGUGGAUAGAGUUGGAACUUGGAAGGGCAUUUUCGUAAUUGAGUAUUAAGAAAGAUGUUAUCCUUAAACAUUCGCAUAUUCUCCAUAAAAAGCGUGACGUUGCGAAAUUAAACACUCGAAAGCUGCACCAUACCAAAACGGAACACUCAACUCUUUCCGCCCUUCUCCGCCGUGCCGCUGCCGUCUCUCUCUCUCUCUCUCUCUCUCUCUCUCUCUCUCUCUCUCUAAGCAAUCGGUGAUUGUAUGUCUUGAUUCCAAUACACUUCGGUUGAUAACAUUCGAAGAUUUAUAAACUUUAUCAUAUCAUAGAACACCAUGUCUGGAUCAAUCGUUCGCAAUUCUUUGCCUGGGUUCCCUGGUUGUGAUGACAGAAACUCAUGGGAUACAAAUCUUGAAGUCUCUGAUGAAGAAGGCACAAGUGGAACAUGGAAGAAAAAUAAAGAAAACGCUUCUUCCAAAAUCAUUCGAGAGAGAAAAAGUAGAAACAAAACAAUCUAUCAAGAUUCUGUUACAAUAGGGGAGGCUCAAGAUCCUCAUGAGGUUAAAGCAGUUGAUGCUUUUCGACAAGCUCUAAUAAAAGACAACUUGCUACCAGAAAUUCUUGAUGAUUUUCAUAUGAUGUUGAGAUACUUGGUAGCCAAGAAUUUUAAUAUCGAAGGCACUAAGAAAAUGUGGAUUAGCAUGCUUCAAUGGAGGAAAGAUUUUGGAGUCGACAACAUUUUAGAGGAUUUCAAGUUCAGUGAAUUGGAUGAAGUUCUUCAGUAUUUUCACCAGGGUUACCAUGGUAUCGAUAAGGAAGGAAGGCCUGUUUACAUAGAAAUAUUAGGACAAGCUGAUCCAAAGAAGCUUAUGAAGGUGACAACUGUUGAAAGAUACGUGAAAUACUACGUACAGGAAUAUGAAAGGACAUUAGCGAUUAGGUUUCCAUCAUGUUCAAUUGCAGCAGGAAGACGUGUUUCUUCUAGUACAACAAUUAUAGAUGUUCAAGGAGUGGGUUUGUGGAACUUUACAAAACCGGUGAUUGAACUUAUUAGGAGGCUGCAACAGAUUAACAACAACUAUCCCGAUACACUUUGCCAGAUGUUCAUCAUAAAUGCUGGUUCUGGAUUUAAGAUGCUGUGGAAUAUGAUUCAGUCAUUUCUUGAACCCAAAGCAAAAUCCAAGAUUCAUGUCUUGGGCACCAAUUUUUUAAGCACAUUGCUUGAAGUAAUUGAUGAAAGUGAAUUGCCAGAAUUUCUAGGUGGUAACUGUAAUUGUGAAGAAAAAGGCGGUUGCCUAAGAUCUGAUAAAGGACCUUGGAGAGACCCUCAAAUUACUAAGGCUAUUUCAAGUGGUCAAACAAAAGAUUGCAUCUCAAGAUUGGAAUCAACUAGAGAGGGAAUAAUACAUGAUGGUGCACGGUGUUCUUCAUCGGAAGAUGCAUUUGUAAGCAGAAGUAUGACGUCUAAAACGACUACUUUGGUGGGUGAUCACCUUGCGCCCGUUGAAUGUAUAGCACAAGAGUGUAAAUUGGUGGAAUCGACGAGAGAUUUUGGAUUAUAA